AUGCGCGGCGCGGGUGCGUACUGCGGCGCGGUGGGAUUGCCUCCGUCCCUCUCCAGCCCUGGACUAUCGAAUACGUGUCUGGUGGCGCAGGCGGCGGCGGCGGCGGCUUCCGCCCCUCCGCCGCUCCCCGCGCACUGCCCGGUGGUGGACGCGCACCUGCACGUGUGGGCCAGCGACGCGGAGGCGCGCGCGUUCCCCUUCCAUCCAGGGCAGGAGCCCACCAUUCCGGGGGACGUUGCGCUGCUGCUCAAGAGCAUGGAGGAGGCGGGAGUGCAGGGCGCCAUGAUCACGCAGCCCAUCAACCACAAGUUCGACCACUCAUACGUCACCCACGCCAUGCGCCAGCACCCCUCGCGUUUCAUUGGGAGCUGCCUUGCUGACCCCACCCCGGGGGGAGGGGGUGUGGGGGAAUUAGAGAGACUCAUUCAAGAGGAAGGGUACCAAUGUGUGCGCUUCAACCCAUACCUCUGGCCCGAUGGAGAAAAGAUGACCAACGGAGUGGGGCAGGAAAUGUUUUCCGGGGCAGGCGAGCUUGGUGCUCCUGUUGCAUUCAUGUGCUUCAAGGGCUUCCACCUGCAUGCGGAGGAGAUAGAGCAGCUGUGCACAGCGCACCCCCACACACGCGUCAUCCUUGACCACUUUGGCUUCUGCCGCAACCCCAACCACCCCUCCGCCACCCCUGCCGACCGCACCACAUGGGAUCGCCUGCUCUCGCUCGCCCGCUUCCCUCAGGUGAAUGUAAAGACAUCGGCGCAUUUCCGAGUGUCACGAGAGCCUUACCCCUACGCGGACACGUGGGAGCAAGUGCGGGAUUUAAUCAAGACGUUUGGAGCACACAGGCUGUUAUGGGGAAGGUAG